ACGUAUUUAGUCGACGUGGCGCACCGCUGUCCCAUCCCUGUUUUUCGGCCGCCCAUGACGUCCAAAAUAGAUAAUAACAACCCCUGAACGCCCCGAGUGCGCGUCAUAUUGUCUCUACACCAACGCCCAGUGCGUGCAACCGUAGUAAAACAACCGGUCGGGCAGAAAUUCUGGACAAUCUGCGACCAAACUACGCACUACUUUUCCCCAGUGGAAGCACCCCCCAUUUCCGUGUGGGUUGUGCGGUCCCGGAUUCCCAGUCGUCUGAUCCUGACCAGAAAGCGUCGCGCAGACGACGUUUUUCGGCGUUUCCUCAAAUUUUGGCGUUUUUCGCCAAUUUCUGCUGUACCUUCGGCUCAGGCUGCUCGCCAUGGACAGCUUAGCGCACGACAGAAAGCUCAGCGAGCUCAGCACUAACGACUUCAACGAUAUUCUGGACGCAGACGUCUUCAGACUGCCUCCGACGGACCAGUUGGACGACCUUCCCUCUGAUUGGCUGAAUGGACUGCUGGAUGAACCGCUGAUCCCUGACAAGCCCCUGAAUGACGUGUCUCUGGCACCGCCGCCACAGAUCCAGGCUGAACACAGCUACUCCAUGAUGAGUGCCGCCGACCUGGCCAUGGAGGAAUCUCUGCGCAUCAAGACUGAGGAAAACGACUUUGACAUGGCAGACUGGAUGAACGCAGCGCGUAUGGACCACGGGAUGAUGCACGAAGACGCGAUGGACUACGACAUGGGAAACACGGCCUACCACAUGGCAGAGCAGAUGGAGCCCCUGGACCUCAUCAAGAUCAAGACUGAACCGACCGAUCCUGACCUGUACUUCCACACCGGCGCUGAUGAUUUGGAUGUCCAGAUGCCUCCCACACCACCUAGCAGUGCCAGCAGUGACUCAGAAGGAGGCUCCAGUCCCCGCGCCAUUCCGGACAGCCCGACACGCCCCACGUUCAGCAAACAGGCCGGCCAAUCACACGACAUGAGCGGAAAAAUGUCGCCCAAUCCUGGACAGAACCUGCUCACAAACUUCCAGAAACUGCCGCCUUCCGGACCUUUGAUCCUGACUGAAGAGGAAAAGAGAACGCUGAUCUCCGAGGGUUACCCCAUCCCGACCAAACUCCCACUCACCAAGGCAGAGGAAAAGUCACUCAAAAAAGUCCGCAGAAAAAUCAAGAACAAGAUAUCAGCACAGGAAAGCAGAAGAAAAAAGAAGGAGUAUGUUGAUCAGUUGGAAAAGAGAGUGGAGAACUUCACACAUGAAAACAAUGAGUUGAGAAAGAAGGUCAACACACUAGAGUCCAGCAACAAGACGUUACUGGUGCAGCUACAGAAGUUGCAGGCGCUGGUGAACAGAGUGCCGCGUCCCUGCAGGACCAACGCCACACAGACAGGAACCUGUCUCAUGGUCUUGGUGGUCUUCUUCGCCAUUUUCCUGGGCAGCUGGAGCCCCACCCUUUACAUCCCCUCCAUGUCCAGCUACCUGCCCACCCCCUUCACACACUCAGUGGUACAGUCCAACUCCGGACCAAACCAUAUCGGGUUAGCGGGGGUGCCACACUCCGGGGGCGGGGAUGACUACACCACCCCUAACAGACAUUCCUCUCGAGCCCUGUUUGCGUUCACGGAGGAGGUGAGCAGCGAAGACGUGUCCCACUUCGAGCAGGGCCUCGAUCCCGUGCUGGAGAAGCUGUGGCACGAGCUUCCCGACGACGCGUACGCCCUCAUCAACGAAACCGACGACAAACCGCUGGUCCUCUCCGCCGGCGGGGAAGACAACGACGCUGCGUUCGGAACCGGCGCGGUCCUGCACCCCGACAUUGCCGCCGAGGUCUCCUCCAAGCUCAUCCAUCUGGAACACAGGGCUAACGCUACAGCUUAAGCACUGGAAAAGUGUUUGUAAUAUUCUUCAUAACACUAAUCAUAAGGUUAUAAUAAUACAAGUGGAGCGUCAGGAUUAAAAUUGUAUGAAUUCACGACGUCAUACCUGCCUUAACUUCCAGUACAACUGUGUUACAUACAAAGUCUCCACAGAAAUGUAGCAAACGCUUUGACAAUACAUUACGCAUUAUUUGACAAUGUUAUAAUUAGCCUUACCUUUUAAGUUUUACCGCUGUGCAUUACUUAGCAAUCACGUCAUUCCAUAUAUACGAUGAGCGCUCGACGGCAUUGUUUUUUGUGCAGGCCUCCGCAACUCAAAACGCUGAAAAUUCUUAAGUAAUGAAUUUAGCUGUAUCUUAAAAGGGGCCAAAUUUUUUAGUAGCUGUAUCAGUGUUCUGUAUUAUAUUUAUAUUCAGGACGGAUUUAGCUUGGAACCACAUAUGUUGGUAAGUUUAUGUGGUAGAUGGAACGGUAACUGGACUUCGAGAUUGUCGAAUCCUUAUUAGCUGAUAAAGACAAAAUAUACUGAUAACAAAAAGUUAUGAAUGAUAAAAAAAAGAGAACUAUUUCUUUUGAUUGUAAUGAUAACCGUUGUCACCCUUUUUAUGUGGGUGAUGUGGAAGAUUUGUGUUUGGGUAAGAUAGUUUCUGUUCGGUAAGAGUCUAUUUUGUUAGGUUGAGAUGGACCGUUUUGUCAUUAAUGUAGUAAGUGACACACGCAUCGGACUUGAAGAUCACAGAACUUCAUGAAAUACACAAGAGAUCUAGAUGUAGUUGGACGAAAAUGGUGACAUAUUUUAAACCUUCGUAUGGAAAAUUGGUUUAAAGGUCUGACGUUAAAAACACACUCCUGCUUAGCGAAGGAGGUAGAAUACAUCACAUCUUGUGUUGGUCUUGAUGAGUGCUGUGUCAGAGCUCUAUUUUCUUGAAAUGCAAAGAAAAAUACUUGUACAGCACAAAAUUCCUGCAGAAUAAAAUAUAUAUGGAAUAAAUAUCAAA